AUGUCUAGCGACGGUCUCAACCCGAGUGGUCCAGCUCAGCCAUCUCUGGAUCAAGUAUACGAGACGAAAGGCAAUGCAGCGUCAAAAGAGCCAGCAGAGGAGAGAACAGCAGAACAGAAUGCACACCAGGUAUCACAGUCUCGAGCAACCGACCAACGAGUCCCCCGGACUCAAGCCAACUACGAAGACGCAACAAGCUCCAGCCUAGGCUAUGGCAUCUCAGGCGCAGGUCCAGGCGAAGAAGCCAAAGGUCUGACGGAAGAGGAUGUGGGCCGACACAAGGAGAACGAUGGCGAUGCCUUAGCAGUCUACGGUGAAGACAAGAUCGCAGACGCCAACGAUACCAAGUCCGGCGCUAGUGGAGCCCAGCCAGGGUUGGAAAGUGAUCUCGAUAGGAAGAAGGCCGAGCAGGCACCUGCGAGGGAGAAGGUGCAGGAAGAGGAGAAGAAGGAUUUCGAUGUUGGUGGUGUGCUUGGGCAGAGAGGUGGACCGGCUAAUCCUGUUGAUAAAAAGGGUUAUCCUAAUGCUUCGUCGUGA